AUGAGGUUUCAAGCUCUGAUUCUGAUUCUGGCGCAAAUCUGCAAUGUGGCGGCUCGUUCAGUCUUCGCCCACUUCAUGUGGGAGCAUGCCACCCAAUGGUCAGUGGAUCGUUGGAAAGCCGAAAUCCAGAUAGCCCAAGAUUCUCACAUCGACGCCUUCGCUCUCAAUGUCGGCUAUUCCAAGGAUGCACCUUCUAACGAGAUGAGAAAUGCCUUUGCAGCUGCUGAAGCAAAAGGCUUCAAGCUGUUCCUAUCUCUCGACUACGCCGGACAUGGACUCUGGCCCAAGGAGACUGCUCUUGCCUGGAUUCAAGAGACGAGCAAGUCAUCCGCGAUCUUCAAACAUAACGGCAAGCCAAUGGUCAGCACCUUCGAGGGUUGGCAGUCAGCAGGUGACUACCAUGAUAUCAAGGCCAAGACUGGUAUUUUCUUUUGCCCUGACUGGAGCUCACUUGGAGCGAAGCCAGCAGCAGAAUUAGAAGGUGUAGUCGCCGACUGCUUGUUUUCUUGGGCGGCUUGGCCAACCGGCCCUCGGGAUAUCGACAACACCAUUGAUGCGAGCUAUUGGCGAUAUCUCAACGGGAAGCCCUUCAUGAUGCCGGUUUCGCCUUGGUUCUUCACCAAUCUUCCUGGCUACAACAAGAACUGGCUCUGGAAGGGAGAUUCCUUGUGGUUUGACCGCUGGCAGCAGAUUUUGUCCCUGCCAGAUCAUGUCGUGCCUGAGUUCAUUCAGAUCAUCUCUUGGAACGACUACGGAGAAUCGCACUAUAUUGGACCAUUGACAGAGGACGGCUACAAACCAUUCGAGAUUGGCAAAGCUCCGUUCAACUACGUCAAGGACAUCUCGCAUGACCACUGGAGAGCCUUCUUACCUUUUGUCAUCGACAUGUACAAAAACCGAAAAGCCACGGUCGGAGACGAGGGCAUCACAGUCUGGUAUCGGGAGACUAUGGGAAAGGCCUGCGCUUCGGGUGGUACUGUAGGCAACACUGCAUCGCAGCUGCAGCGCGAGUAUGAGCCGUGGGAAAUCGUCAACGACAAGAUCUACGUCUCUGCACUCUGUGCUACACCAGGUUGUCGACUUCAGUACAGAAUUGGUAACUCGGCCUGGAAUCGCGAUUAUGGUGAUGGCCGCACAUACUGGAAGCACUCUCCCAAUGGAGGUGUUGGCAUUUACCACACUGAUAUUCCGAUCACUGCCGCUAUGGUUCUAUAUGCCACGGGCACAAUCAAGGGCUCGUGCUCAAACGGAGUCACCAACUGGAAUCCAGUCGUGGAAGGCAAGCUGGCAACAGUCAGUGUGCAUAAUAGUGCCAGCAUCGGAAAAGGCUGUAUUGAAGGGAAGGGUGUGUUCAACUUUGCAAAUGUAUGCAAGUUUGCUUGCAGCUACGACUAUUGCCCUGAAGGUGCAUGCACAUGCACAAAGCGAGGUCCGCCAAAGGAGCUGCCUAAAUGGGAUGGCACGAAAAUGGGCUACAGCAAAAAUGGAGAUCCCAGCUUCGGUGGACUAUGUAGCUUCAGCUGCCCGCUCGGCACAUGUCCAGAGGAAGCUUGCACGUACACUGAGAGAUCCACAGUCAUCCCUACAGUGUCACCGUUUCUAGAGCCUGCAUGUACCGGAGGCACUGGAAGCGGAGCGAUGAAAGAGCUUUGCGAAUACAGCUGCCGUUUUGGAUUUUGUCCUAUCCGAUCAUGUAUGUGCACCAGCACUGGUGGCCUGGUAGAGCCGCCUGAACAAAUGGGAGGUAUUGUCGGGCGAGACUCUGUCCGCCCCGGCGCCCCUAUUUCAUCCGGAUUAUGCGCUUUCUCUUGUUCUCGCAAUGGCGGUAGCUGCCCAGCUGGCAUUUGCGAUAUCAGCUACAGUCCAGUCGAUGGAGGCAAGGUUGACUUCCGGAGUAUCACCUGCUCCCACCCUAUUAUCGAAUCUCACACCUCAGUCAGCAAUGCCGAUCAGUGGUAUGGUGUUGGUGUUUACUCUGCCUUCGAUGCCAUCGAAGAUGGCUUCCAUUACAACAUCAGUCUUGGUCGUGCCCCUAUUGACUUCACCAACAAUGCCAGCAACUACUUUCACGGACCCCGAGACAUGUAUUGUGAGAAUCUCCUCACAUCAUCUGGAUGCUCAGGAUUCAGCAAACAGUGUCAUGAUGUUAGCUUUCCCGCAGGCUAUUUCCUCCUCAACUCAUUCUCUCGUCUCCAUGAUUUCCACAUGGAUAUGCUGCAGGGCAUUCGCGACGCUCAGAUAAACAACAAUGUGACUGCUAUUCAAGCGACUUUUGGCCUGCCUCAAAAGAGUAGCAUUUCUAUGCAAAUUGCGCUCGACAUUGCGUUGAUUGGCUGGGGUCUCAUUAUGGGGCCCACCUGGCCCAGGAUAAGCAAGGGAGAGGCACACGGUGUGAUCAAGGAUACCACAAAUGACGCUUUCAAGUGGGGCCUAACGCUAGGUAAAGACUUGGUUGCGAAGAUCGAUGGCACCCUCGGUCAACAGAAUGCAAUGCAAGAGCAGGUCAAGACGCGUGCUGGGGUAUGGGUUGAUAUCUUGAUCAGUUCCAACACUGAGCUCUUCUCUGGAUCCCUGCCCGGGAACCUACAGCUGUACGGUCGAAUCGAGGACGGCGCCCUCCUGGGAGAGGGUUGGAGGAGCUCACCUCUAGACUUCUCACGUACAGUUGGUCGCGCUCUGAAUGUCUUCCUCAUCCAACAAGCCUGGAAGACAUCAACCAGAAACUUGUACCCUGUCAUCAUUCGCGAAAAUGUUGCUUGCAACGCCAACUCAAACAUCCUCAAACAUGAAUACAUCACUGAAUGGGCCUACAAGAAUGCUCGCUUCUGUGGUCCAGAUGGCAAAUCUUACUGGCUGGUCGCCCCGCGUAAGUGGCAGGAAACGUGCAACGGAGGCGAAUACACGAACAGUUGUGCGCCGCCUGGAACACCACCGGGAUUUGAGGCAAUCACCGAGAAGCUGUUCAUGGAUAUUGGCUACGAUGAUCUCAUUCUCGGCUCUAUCGCUACAUACAACAAGAAUGGUGGCCAGAACGGCUUCAAAGGAUGGAACUUGGACAGCUCUAGCGAGUCACUCCAGUAUCUUAAUUUUGUUGUCGAUGGUGGCAUCAGAGCUCCUGGCUUUUGGAACAUACCUAUCUGUAGCGCUGAAGAGGUUAUGAUAAACUUUGAGAAGGCAUGGGCAAACAUGAACCAGAUCAAGAAUUGGUCGACCUUUCCUUGUAACUGAGUACGGGAAGAAUGAGCUUUGCUGUGGGGUGGAAGUGAAGACAAAUCGGGUUUAGAAUUUGGGGAGGUCAUUAGUGUGCUAGAUGCGUAUGGCGAGUAGAUUUCCGCAAGCAUGGGAGAAGCCUCGGGGAGGUGGCUUUCCGUUGCCACCAGAAGGAACGUGUAGCUUAGCACAGAGGUCA